AUGACUUUCAUAGGAGAGGCGCCAUACGAGGGAAAAGAAUUUGCUACAUUUGAGGAGGCAUACAACUAUUACAAUUCUUAUGCAAAAAAAUGGGCUUUGGAAUCCGCAAGGAAACAGCCGAUAAGUCAAGAAAUUAUUUCUCAAGUUUUUGUUUGCAACAAGGCAGGGAGAAAAAGGUUAUCAGAUAAGAGAGAGUGUGGGAAACUUGUCAAUCGCCGUCCAGAUACUAGAGUGGAUUGUCCCGCAAGAAUGAAGAUUAAGUUGACUUCCUCCAAGACAUGGAUUGUCACGAAGUUUGAGGGAGAGCACCCAACCCAUCUAUUAUCAAGCCCUGAUAAAGUGUGGAAUCAUUAUUCCCACAGGCAAAGGCAUCGCUCGAAGACUUGCAAGAGAAUUAUUCAGAAUUUGAGUGAAGAAGGAAUGGCUCCUUCUACUACUGCUCGAGUGUAUAAUGUUGUGUCUAAGAGUUUUCAUGACGAAUAUAUUACUGCACAACAAUGUAUUGAUCACAUCAGAACUAUUAGGAAGAACAACAUUGGCAAUGAAUGCAUAUCCAUCAUAAAGAAUUUUCAAGAUAGGAAGGAAAUUGAUCUAGAAUUUUACUUUUCCAUAGAGCUGGAUCAGUCGGGGACUAUGAGGAGCGUGUUUUGGGCUGAUGGGAGAUCAAGAUCUUCUUACUUAAGUUUUGGAGAUGUAGUGGUGUUCGACGUCACAUAUAAAACCAAUUAUUUGAGCCUAACGUUUGCUCCAUUCACAGGUGUAAAUCAUCAUCGGCAGUCCAUUCUCUUUGGUUGUGCGUUACUGGCAGAUGAGCAAGAGGAUACCUUUAUUUGGUUGUUCACCCAAUGGCUAAAAUGUAUGCAUGGGGUUGCACCAAAAACAAUUAUAACUGAUCAAGAUGCACAAACAGGAGGAGCUAUCAAACAAGUUUUUCCUAAUACCACUCAUCAUUUUUGUUCUUGGCAUAUUGGCAGACAUAUUGCCGAGCAGCAACUUCCAAUGAAAGCACAAUAUGGAGAUGAGAUUUCUACAUAUUUUGAUAAGUGGUACAGAGCUAGUACUAUUCACCCUUGUGAGGAACGAUGGAAGAUUUUGAAGAAGAAAUUUAAUAUAGAUGAGAAUGUAGAUAGUUGGCUGACAAGGAUGUAUAGAUUGCGUGCACAUUAG